AAGAUCCGAACAAGCAUCUUAUGGAGUUUCAAUGGUUGAUGACAAACAUGAUACCUAAUGGAGCUAAUGCAGAUGAAGGAAUGUUGUGUGCUUUUCCUUUCUCUUUACUCGAUACAACUAAAGAUUGGUUAUAUUACUUACCGCCUGGUAGUAUUACAAUAUGGAAUGGGUUGAAGAGACUUUUCUUGGAGAGAUAUUUUCCUGCGUCGAAAGCGACUCAAAUUCGCAAGGAGAUUUGUGGGAUGAAACAAAGUGUGGGGGAAUCGUUGUAUGAAUGUUGGGAACGGUACAAGAGAUUGGUAGCAAGCUUCCCUCACCACCAAUUUAGUGACGCGUUGAUUAUCCAAUACUUCUAUGAAGGUCUCCAAGCAAGUGAUAGGAAUUUUAUUGACGCUGCAAGUGGUGGUGCACUUAUGAACAAGACGGUGAUCCAAGCUAGAGAGUUGAUUGAGAGUAUGGCAAAAAAUUCUCAACAAUUUUCAAGUCGUGGAUCAGAACCACCUACCAAGGGAGUUAAUCAAGUUGACGAGAUUAUUGAAUUACGUCAACAAAUGAGCAAUAUGAUGGCAAUGAUGCAACAAAUUGCAGCAGUGGUUGUAAAACCACCACGCCCAACUUAUGAGAACGUAGAGCAUGUCAAUGCUAUAUUCUCAAUUCAGCCGUAUGGUACUUACUCCAACACUCACGAGCAAGUUGCAAGUACAAGUUCUGUUUACAACCAUCCGAGUGAGUUCCAACAACAAGUACAACAACCGCAACAAGCCCAAAAUUCAGAAUUGGAAAAGAUGGUUACUUUGGUGGAGACUCUAAUGUCCAUGGUACAACAAAAUCAACAACUAUCAAACUUAAAUCAGCAGAAACCGGAUAAUGCAAUCAAGGACUUGCAAACACAAGUUGGUUCGGUGGUUGAGGAGAUUAAUCAGUUGCAUGCACAAAAUGGUUUGCUAAAGAUAAUAAGAAGGUGGAACAAGAUAGAGAUGUUUGGGAUGUUUUUAAGAAGGUCCAAGUCAAUAUUCCACUCAUUGAAGUAAUUCGGCAAUCUCCUCGCUAUGCAAAGUGUGUAAAGGAAUUGUGCACUAACAAGCACAAGCUAACCGGUAAUGAGGUAAUGAGUGUGGGGAACACGCUUCGGCAUAUCUUAAAAAGAAACUCCCACCUAAAUUGAAAGAUCCCGGUAGUUUCACUAUUCCAUGCACUAUUGGUAAAACAAGGUUUACAAAAGCUAUGUUAGAUUUAGGAGUUUCUGUUAAUGUUAUGCCUACUUCUAUUUAUGAUGCUUUAAACCUUGUUCCUCUUAAGAAAACCGGCAUAGUUAUUCAACUUGCCGAUAGAUCUAAUAUUUACCCGAAAGGGAUUGUUGAGGAUGUUUUGGUGCAGGUAAAAGGACUAAUAUUUCCAGUGGAUUUCUACGUUUUAGACAUGAGUGAUGUGAAUUCAUCAUCGUCUACACCUUUACUGUUGGAUAUACCAUUUUUGAGUACCGCUAGAACGAAAAUUGAUGUCCACAAUGGCACCUUGACUAUGGAGUUCGAUGAAGAGGUCAUUCACUUCAACAUCUUUGAGGCGAGGAGACACUUGAGUAACAUUCAAUCGGAUUUCCAUAAUGUUUUGGAAGCCGGCUAAGACGUAGCAAACAAGGAGAUAGUCGGGCCGACGACUUUAAACCAAGCGCUAAAUGGGAGGCAAC